AUGAGUGGAGCUGCUUUUGGAGGAAAUAGACUUAUGCGGGCAAAUACUGCGGAGAGUGCAGGGAUUGCCUGUGUGUUAAAGAACAUAGAAGGAAUAGUUAGUCUGUGCGACAUUGUAAAGACUUCAUACGGUGUGGAUGGUAUGUACAAAUUAGUUGUGAAUUCACAGAAGAAGAUAAUCAUAAGCCGAUCUGUAGCAACGAUUCUUUCUGGGUGUGAUGUAGAGCAUCCUGCGCUCAGAAUGAUCAUUGAGCCCGUUGCACAUUUGGCGCAGAUGGGAGACUGCACUGGAUUCUUAAUGUGUGUUUUGGGAGAGGUGCUGCGGAAGUGUGCUCUUUUUAUAGAGAAGGGAAUACUCCCAACGGAGCUUGCAAGCGCGCUUAGAUCAUGCGGUGACCAGAUAGAGGAGAUUAUAAAAAGUGUCUCUGAGACAGAGGAGUUUAGUCUGGACAAUGCUGAGAUUCUUAGAAAAGUAUCAAGUGGGAUAGUAAAGAACAAAAAAAUAUCUGAGCUGCUCGGGGAGUCUAUCUCUGAGAUAUCAAAGAAUGGGUCUUUUCCUGUAGAUAGUAUUCGGGUCACAAAGGUAAAUGUGGGAUCUGUUGAAGACUCAGAGCGGUUCAAGGGCAUGCUUUUGGAAAGCUCGCCGGUUGGAGUGGUAGUGAGCGGUGAAAAUAUUAAGACUGCAAUAUACACGUGUCCUUUAGCAAUCAGCAAUAUGGAAACCAAAGGGACUGUUUUGCUAAAAAAUGCAGAGGAUCUUCUGACAUACGCACAAGACGAUGAGAAAACUACCAGGGAGUUUGUAGACAAAUUAGUAUCAAAUGGGGUAGGUAUGAUUGUGUGCAGCGGGUCGAUAGACGGGCUAAUGCUAGACUACUUGAAUGAGAAGAAAGUGGCGGUCUUAAAAGUACACAGCAAAUUUGAUUUAAGAAGGCUCUGCAUGCUCUUUGGAGGAAGAAUGGCAAAUAUUCUUCGUCCUAUGGAGGAGCAGUAUCUUGGAGUUUGCACAUCUCUUGGCAUGCAUACAUACGGAGAGAGAAAGUAUACGAAGGUCACUGGUGAAGGUCAGAUUGAUACCCUUCUUCUAAGAGGAACUCUUCCUGCGCAGCUGGAGGAGAGCGAGAAAUUAAUCACAAAGGCCGUCUAUGCACUACAAGUAUGUGCACACGAGUCUAUGCGCACAGGAUCUCUUCGCCUUCUAAAGGGUGCUGGGCAGUGUGAAAAAGACAUUGCGGCCGCCCUUAGCGCAGAGGCAGAGAAGUACACAGACGUUCGCCAAAUAGCAAUCAAAAUAUUUGCAGAGGCUGUAGAGACUGUUGGAAGAAAAAGUGUAUCAGAGGCUUCCCGCAGUGCAGAUGGUGUAAAGGAUAUAUUUGACGUGGCUGCCAUCAAAGAGAGGGCGCUUUCGUAUGUUGCAGUUCUUUCAUCAGAUAUUCUAAGUGUUUCUCAGAUGUUUAUUACAAAGAACGAAGACACUCUCAGUGCACCAAAAAGACCGGGCCACUGGGAUGAUAGAGACUAGCCCACA